CGGAUAGCCCCGCGGGCCGACCGCCGAGUGGGUAUAUAAGGCCCAGCGACGUCUGUCAGGUUAACAAGCUCCUAGGUUUCACAGCCUGCACCUCUCCCUCCUCUAUCUGCCAAGAUGCACUUUUCUCGCGUCGUCGUGGCCCUGACGGCCGUGCUGCUCACCGUGGACGCCACCGUCAUCAUCGGCACCGCCGGCACGGUCGGCGUCGGCGCCGCCAGCGCCGGCAUCGCGCUGGCCGGCGUCGCUGGUCUGGCGCUGGGCGCCGCGCUGGUCGGCGGCCUGGCGCUCAGCCGGCGCGGCAAGCGCUCGGUGGCCGCGCAGCAGCAGACCGACAUGGUGCUCGACAUGGUGGCCGCCGCCGACGUGUACGGCUGCGCGCUCAAGCUGGUCUGCCUGGUGGAGGCGCGGCCCGAGCAGCAGCUCACCGCCGAGGACGAGCUGAUCGUGCAGCUGUUCGGAAAGGCGCCGGCCGCGCUCACCGAAGAGCAGGUCAGCACGCCGCGUCAGGCCUACUUCUACGCCGCCUACCUUGGCAGCGCCCAGGGCGCCGACGCUUGCCAGGCCGUCUUCCACACCUGCGAGGUCAGCUACGAUGCCAUGAUGGCGUACGUGCGCGCGCUGCGCUCGUAAGCAGCCGUCGCGUCCGUCACAUCAUCGUAACCGUCAUCCGUCAUCCGUCUCAUGUCAGUCCGUCAUCGGCCGUCAGCCGGGCCGGGCUGGGCCGAACGCCGACCGAUCUCUCUCGCCCGCAGCUGCUCCCCCUCGACUGAGCGUGUCAGCGCCGCGAAUGUGUCCCCGCCGGGGCAAAAUUCGUGUGCGGCAGCCUCGUCUUUCUGUCGUCUAUGACAGGGACACCACGCCGUGAGACCUGGAGCUUUACCGGAGCAGUUGUUGGGUACAGAGGCUGGUCAGGUAGUCGACUCUCAUGCCCCUCGGCACUUGGUCGGCCGUCGGACGGUGGCCUGAGAUUUGGCAGAUUAUAUCAGUUGUGUUUGCUCAUGCCCAUUGUGUUCCCAUGCAUUUAUUGUGUGCUCAAAGUGUUUAUUGUGUGUACAAACGGUGGUUUGAAAGUCGUCAUGACAUUCUUGCUGCUUAAAAUAUACCUGACUUGAGGAUGUAA